AUGAGCGCCGGGUUACCCCUUCGAGAUCGUCUCCAGUCUAAUGAGGAGGACAAUGGCUGGCUUUCCCGCCCAAUCACGCCUCUCCGCAUCGCGAAGCGCGACUCGCCCCAGCAGGGCACCCCGCUCGCCCGCAGGACAUCGUCUAGUUAUAAGCAUCUCAAGCACAAUCAUCUUGUUUCCAAGUCUCCAUUUCGCUCCCAAAUCCCCACCCCCGCUAGGCCGUCGACCGUCCUCGCCCCCGCGCCUCGUCGCGUGAGCGGAGAGAAACGACCUCGACCACCGUCUAUGAUCGACCAGGCGGAAAACGAGCACCCGCUCGGCUUUAAGCGUCGCCAGUCCAAGGGCUUCCAGGGCCUGCUUCAAAAAGAGCCCGUCACAAAGAGUCCCUUUCGACAUGGGCCGUCUGCAGAUGCUGAGCUAGAUCUCCCACCGCCCCCGCCCCCACCCAAGGUCCUCCGAGGUCCUCCAAUCUCUGCUUCACCCGGCCGCUCUUCUCUUGUUUCAAAACGAUUACACGGACCCCGCACUGUUGGAAAUGGCUCCCUUACCCGACGACAGCGUCGCAAGACAGUGACAUUCGAUGAACGAUGCGAUGUCGUCGAAUUUGACGUCGAGGAGGAUGAGAUAGAUGAAAAUCCAUUCGAUUCUGAAGACUCCGAGGACGAGGUUGACUCCACUGGUGACCUCCUGGAGCCACCGCCCACAGAAAGCGAGAGCUUUGACAGUUUGCAGCUCGGCGACGACAGCAUCACAGGGCUGGUCGAUUCAAUGCUGAACGAAAACCCACAAACUCCUCCCCAUGAGUCUCAGUCGCUUCCACCUGACACUGAAGCUGAAGAUGGUGUUCCUUACGGGCGCACCCAUCAUGCAGAGCGGAUUCUUAGUGCUCAUCACCAGAACACCGAAGAGGUCCUUCCAACAACCGAGUCUAUUUCGCCAGCAGCUGCUUCGUCCCCUCCUCCACUUACAUUCUCGAGCACGCCUCCCAGGGCAACCUCCCCCGGGCUCAGCAUGCCUCUCGGUCGAUCGACGCAUUCUGAACGUAGGCAAGCUCAGAGACGGGAUGCAUCUGACGGCGUGGAUGAGGAUGUGUUGAUGCUCCCGCCCUCUCCGUCGCCUGCUAAACGAAUCGGAACCCUUCCAUGCUCUCGUGCCAAUCGGGAGUCAUUGAUCCCGAGGAUGGAGCUACCUGUGCCCUCUCCACGUGAGCGAACUGAUGUUUCCGCCGAAGACCCCUUCGAGCUUCCCCAUAAUUCGGACGAGCCACUGUCUACGGAAAUGUCACGCGUUGUAUCUUAUGACGGCGACAGCAGCAUGGAUCCUGCCAACCUAUCUAUUGGCAAUUCGGAGGUCUCUCUCGAUGGAGUGCUCCGCGACGAUGAUGUGGAGGAAGAUCCGAAGAAUUUUGAGAUUCUUUCUGAAUCGCAUCGAUCCUCCCUCAGCCCAGACGGCCGCGGUGUUCAGGUCGAGGGUAAUUCCUCACGCCCAUCGACGCCUCUCAAUGGCAGCGAGUCGUCCGCUCUUUCGACGUUUUCCGGCUUCCGGUUUACAUCUCCCAUUCCACGUCCACGGAGCAAUUCACCUAGAUUUUACGGCGAUCUCAUAAUGCCGCGGGCAACGAGGUCGUCAGAAUCACUUAUUCCCGAGCGCGUGGGGUCGCCACUCCGGCAUGCCGCUGCAACUAUGAGUCUGCACGAUCUGGCUGCUAUUGUAAGUGGCACGCCCGAGAACGCGCGGUUCUCCCGGGCCACAUUCACUGCCAAAGGUGCCGAUCGUUCUCCAAACACGCCGGAAAAGCAGUCGGAAGUGGACCGACCUCCAAGCCCCCAGGAGACUAAGUGUGAAGGGAUGAGCGGAGACCGAUCAUUCAAAGAAGGCGACACUGAGAGCUUCCAUAGUCCCGCUCCCCCGCCCAUGAGUAGGGACAAUCACGCUUCGCACGACGGGGUCGUAUCGAUUCAUACGGAGCCCCAAGCAAUCGACCCUCCGCGGCCGUCAGUCCUUGCGCGCGCGAACACCGCAGAUGAGCAAUCAAAGUACGCGUUCGAGGGUCUUCGGCUUGACUUUGAGGACGGCUUUACGUCGAGCGGCAAGGCGACCUUCCUGGACAUGGAGAUGUCCGCCUUGGGACGAGGAGAGGUCCAUCUUACCGACGUGAGUGCGCUGGAUAGGUUCGUGGAGAGUGUCGCGCAUGGGGUACCAGCUGGGUCACAAAGCCCUGAAGACAAAGACAUGACGAACCCCUGGGAGAAGCAGAGCCCACAGUCCGCGUCGGGGUCGGGGUCGGCAUCAUCGCAUGCGCACUGGAAGUCGGAGUCGGGCCCUUUGCGACCCGAGUCACGCGCUAUAUCCAGAGAUUCGUCGGCGUCGCCGCCCCCGCGGAGUAAAGAUGCUAUUCGUGCUCGCGACGAGCUUAUUAAGGCGAAGAAGCGUGAAGCACGGCGGAGAGAAGAGCAAGAGGCGCUGGGGGUCUCGGUCUCAGCGCGCGUGAAGGCACUUCAUGUGGGCAGGCCGACAAGAAAGCGGAGUAUGAGCAUGAGCGAUGCGGACGCGAUAGGCGAGGACGACAGCGAGAAAGGGAAAGGGAAAGGGUCGGAGUUCCAGCUGGACGAUUUGCCGCUUGAUAGCGAGGAAGACAGACUAGGAGACACUAUUGACCGUGAGCUGAGGAUAAGGGAGGGCUUGAGCAAGAGUCGGUAUCGCGUGCGUGAGAGAGAGGGGACGAUAUACGCCAGCUCGGAGACGGAGAAAGUCUCGCAUCUUGCCAGCGCGGGCGAUGUGGAUGGCGGGAAGGCGUGGAAGACGGUGAAGCGCCCGUCUGACAUGAAUGAAUAUGCGAAGCAAAUUCGCGAGCUGCGAGCCCAAGAGAAUUCUGGUAAAGGGCACGGCAAGAUCUUCGUGAGAGUUCUGGGUUUGAAGAAUCUCGUUGUCCCUAUUCCACAACAACCUACAGCUAUGACGUGCACUCUGAACAAUGGGAUACACUUCGUCACUACUCCCGAGAGCCGCCUGAGUACGGAAUGUCGAAUUGAUCAAGAGUUCGAGCUGAUCGAGCACAGCAAGCUGGAGUUCACUUUGACAAUCCGGGUUCGCCGAGAUCCACAUAUUACUGCGCAACUCAAAGCAAAUGUUCCUCCGCUUCCGCCAUCGCGCCCUGCACCACUUCUCGUUCAACCUGCGCCCGCCCCUGCAUCUAAAGGUGGUAUGAGGAUGUUCUUUCGAGGGUCUCCGAAGAAACCCAUGAAACAGCUCCCUCAGACCCAGCCUCUUCCUGUUCCUAGUCCUCCUCCUGUCCAUAGGAUGACGGAGAAUCUGGCACGAUAUCUUAAGUCAGAUUGCACUCUCGCCAGGGCCUUUAUCUCGUUCCGAGAUAUUAGCACACGUUGCGAUACCAAGCUGUUCGAAACGAGCUAUCCUUUGAUCGGCCAGCGGGCUGAAACCAGUACGGUCUCGAAGACGAUCCAGGUUGGCGAGCUCGUCUUGCAGGUGUUCAGGCUGCCGCCGCUGCCGGGUGUCCCAAAUAACCAGCUUCCGCAAAGUUUGGAGGAGUGUCACCGUGGCCUGCGGCACAUUGGCUGGCACAAGACUACGUAUUAUGAAGGUACUUUGACGCAGAAUGGCGGUGAUUGUCAGUCCUGGCGGCGGCGCCAUCUACGGCUCACCGGCGCCAAUCUCAUCGCUUUCAACGACGUGACGAAGCGUGCUAUAGCCACCAUUGAUCUCAAGAAAGCUAUCGCUGUGGAAGAUCGUCGAGACCCUCGCAUUACUGCUAUAAACUCAGCGUCAGGUGCUGGUAAUCGAAGUGGCUUUGACGAGCUCGACGGGCCGUAUGGUGUCGAGCGAUCGUUCCGACUCGUGUUUCCAGCUAACCAGGAAAUUAUGUUCUUCGCUGACACGGACGAAGAAAUGGCAAGAUGGUUGGACAUCUUGAGGGCAAUUGUAGGACGGAUACCGCCGUAUCCGCUCUGGGCGGAGCUAGUGUGGCAGAGGCAGCAGGAGACACAUUCUCAAGCUGGAUAUCCGCAGUCACAACCCGUACCGCUACGUCACCAUUGA